AUGUCCGAGGUCGUAUAUAUUACCGUCGAUUCAUCGACACCAAUUCGCGUAGAUGCGAUUUCCCAGACACCCGACUGGAUCCACCCGCAUUUGAUUGAGAGUGUUGACCCGAUCAAGGGCCGCCAAUUUCGAGUGUCGGGCCUUGUUUCGAAAGGCACUCGUCUACUCGUUGAUCGCCCAUACUCAGUUAUCCCAGUCGUGGAUGAGCCGGAAACCAACGAUAGUCUCCUUUGCAGCAACCCCGCUUGUAAUCGUCGCGCUACUCGCCAACUGGGGCGACUCCCUUGCCCUAAAGCCUGCAUUCCAGACGUUACAUGGUGUAGCAAUACUUGCCAAAGCACCGAUCAAUAUCGACACGAAUUUGAAUGUACCUGGCUCAAAAGAUAUGCAGGUCCAAUUAGGACCAAACGUGGUGAAUAUGAUUUCGGUAUGAUGUGGUUGAUUGUUCGCCUUCUAGCCACCCGGCAUGCCGAGAUGCGCAAUUCACCUGCACCAGCGGACGGCAACAUCAUCACGUCAAAAACCCCACAAUUGAAACGUGGAUGGGCGGCAAUGGACUCGUUGUGUGGGUCAGUUGAUACCUGGGCUCACGACCAGGUCCGAUCAUGGACCUUGCUCGUGAAGAAGUAUCUCAAACAUAGCCCAGCACUGCCCCAUGGUUUCGACGCCGAGCGAAUACUUCAUCUCAUCUGCCAAGAAGAAGCAAAUUCUUUUGGCCUUUAUCCCCGAGAAACUGGUGCCCUGCAAUCACCGGGCCCCCCCAGUGGAUCGAGGAGAACAAUUUGCCGCAGCAGUCUAUCCCAUGGCAUCGAUAGCCAAUCAUUCCUGCGUGCCGAAUUUCACAAGCCGGAUGAAAUGGGCCGAAUGGUCUUCGUGGCAUCACGCGAUAUUCUUCCCGGAGAAGAAUGCUGCAUCUCAUAUUUUGACCUGACGCGGUUUACGGACCGAGAUUCUCGUCGUGAACAUCUUAGAAAAUCUUUCAAAUUUCCGUGUCAGUGUGAAAAGUGUGUAUAUGAGGAACUUCGAGUCACCAAAGAGGAAAGCACACUGGAUGAGAUGCCACCAAUCAGUUAA